AUGUUUUAUAUUACUACUAAUCAAAUCAACAACAUCGUUAGAUAUGUUUAUGUUCAUUCAUUUCGUGUUACAUAUUUACAAUGUAUGCUAUGUGCGCUUUAUAGGCCCAUCACUAUGGUCAGAAUUUGUAUCAUUUGUGGGAACGUCGAUGGUUUUGAAGGAGUUUCUUUGCACAGGUUUCCAGCGAACGAUGAAUUUAGACGUUUGUGGAGAUUAUUCGUUGAGAACAAUGGGGUGAAUGUGCAACUGAUUGUAAACUCCUCAAAACUGUGUUCAAGGCAUUUUGUGCCUGGUCUUGACUACAGA